AUGCGGCUGAAUCUGUUGAUCCCCAUUUGUUAUCGUUGCAAUUAUUAUCGGCCCAACAUGAGCAACUGUGAAAGUGAAAGUGCAUCUGAAAAUUUAACCGAAGAGCAGAUUUCAGAAUUUAAAGAAGCCUUUUCAUUAUUUGAUAAGGAUGGUGAUGGGGCUAUUACGAUCAAGGAACUUGGAACUGUUAUGCGUUCCCUUGGACAGAAUCCUACAGAUGACGAACUUCGCGAUAUGAUUAACGAAGUUGAUGCUGAUGGCAACGGAACUAUUGAUUUUCCUGAAUUUUUAACCAUGAUGGCUAGAAAAAUGAAAGACACUGAUAUAGAUGAAGAAAUCAGGGAGGCUUUUCGUGUCUUCGACAGAGACGGAGAUGGUUAUAUUUCAACUAGUGAACUGAUGCACGUCAUGAAUAAUCUGGGAGAAAAGUUAACAACUGAAGAGAUAGUGGAAAUGAUAAAAGAAGCAGACAUAGAUGGCGAUGGUAGAGUGAAUUAUGAUGAAUUUGUUGAAAUGAUGCUUCGAAAAUAG